AGGGGAUUGCAGAUGUAUUAGAAGGAUCAAGAUUAUCGAUCAGUGACUCUGUGACAGCACGUGAGUUCCUGUCUCUAUGUCCUGGCCUUGUCAACUAUGUGGAUACUUGCACCAUGACUGUUCAUCACACAGAUGAACAUGAUCAUGGGGGCCAUGGACAUUCGCACAGUCAUCGAAGCUAUAACAGUGAUAGUGGAAAAUUUACUCUGGAAAGUUGGGUUGGAGCUGUAACAAGCAUGAUUGUUAUUGGACUCGCAGGGUUGGCAUGCAUCAUGCUGAUCCCUGCAUUGAAACGUGGUCAGCAUUACGACCGAGUCAACCGCUUCCUGAUGGCCCUGGCUGUAGGAACAUUAGCAGGAGAUGCCCUCAUUCAUCUCUUACCUCAUGCCUUAACCAUGGACAUUUCGUCGAGUGGCAGUACGCAUGUAUUGCAUGCAUUUUAUGGCUACACUGCUCUAGGCGGAAUAAUUUUAUUCCUUUUCUUGGAACGCUUCCACAAUAUCUUUUGUGGAAAUGGUCAUGCUCAUGGACACAGCCAUGAACUUGAAGGGGAUCUCACAAAGAGUAAGGUGAGAUAAUAAUGAUUCUUUGAAUAAUUAUGCCAGU